AUGGCAUGUGUUGUCGCCUUUCUUCUGAAGUUACAAGAGAUUACAGAAGCCCCAGGUCGAAUAGUAAUGGUGGGCAAUGAUCCCUCAGGGCCUCACUAUGAUGUUUUCGAAUCUUCAAUUUUACAACUUCCCAAACCGUCUGGUGACAUACGCUCGAAUAGAUUGGCGGCUAAGCUUCCCGAAGAUUAUGAUGAUGUACAUUCAAGCUAUCUCUCGGCUACAUAUCCCGCCACAUUUUAUGCCUUAUAUUGCUCGCCCACUUUAAAAAGUAAAGAGAUAGUCACUCAGCUCAAGCAAGGAAUGACUGAUUGUAAAUUGCAGUCAUGUCGCGGUGAUAUCUUGGAGGAUAAGAUUGAUGAAAAAUGUCUAUCCUACUUGCAUCAAUCAGAGUACAACAAAGAAGGAUCGAAUGAGAUACUAUGGUCAGUGGUCCGAAAAAAAAAUAAGGCAUGCACCCCGAAAUCGAUCAUCAGUUUGGCAAACAAAGGUUCUAUAUCAUUAGUGGGAAGAUGGAGCCAGUAUCUACCAUUUAAUAAAAAUGUAAAGAUUACAAUAAAUGUUGAUAACCCAUUUCUGCUGCAAGGCUUAGUUGACCACUCAGCUAUUUUUCAAGGUAAAAGUCGGUCUAUGAAUAUGGUUGCUCUUGCUUGGUGUCGAGGACACCUUCAUGUAUUUCAACAGAGAGAUGAUUUCGCAUGGUAUCCCCUCACAAACUUGGGCGAUGAGUCACAAAACGGAGCCACUAUUCUUUAUUUCGCACUCGGUACUGAUUUUAGAAUCUGGAAUAGUAAUAGUGAAGGAUUCCCGGGAUUAUGGGUGUCCGAAACUGAUACAUCACAUGCAAUUAAACAGAAGUUGGCAGGCUCGCGUUGGAGAAGAGUUGAAAAAAAAACACUUUCUGGAGUCAAUUCUAACCCUACCAGAUCAAAAACAAAAACAAAUAUAAAUGAAUUAGCUGGAUAUCUUCUAUCAAGUUAUCCAACGAGCGUGGUCAACGCGCCUUGA